AUGUCGUUAAACAGCUAUACCGAUAAGAAGGUGUGCAUCAUCACCACCGACGGCCGCACUCUUGUCGGGACACUCGCAGCACACGACUACACCACAAACCUGGUCCUUCACAAUACAGUCGAGCGAGUAAUCCGGGACCCAGACGAGGGCGAGCCUUCCGCCGAAGUACCGCUGGGCUUGUACAUUGUCCGCGGGGAGAAUGUAUGCCUAGUGGGGCUGGUAGACGAGGCGCUUGAUGCGAGUAUCAACUGGACGGAAGUAAAAGGGGCGGCGAUUGGGACGACGAAACAUUGA